AUGCAAUUUUUCAACUUUAUCAUUUUUUCUGUCUUUAUUACUACUAUUUAUGCUUGUGCUCCAACACAAACAGUUGUUUCACCAGCAACAACAACUGUUAAAACUGCAAGAAAACGUAGAAGUAUUGAUGAAAACAACAAUAUUGUUAUCAAAACUAUUUUUAAUACAAACAAUCAAGUAAAAACUAAUGAAUUAGAAGGACUUCUUCUUAAUAAUCUUUAUACUUCUAUUCCAGCCAUUUCAUCAAAUAUUGAUAAAUCAACAAGAUAUACAAGUUUAGAAAAUAAUAAUUUGGAAAAUAUUUUAACUAUUUCAGAUUCAUUAAUUUAUUGUUCUAAAAUGAUAAGAUCAAUCAAAAAUAUUUUAGAAAAAAAUAUUUUUAUUAAGGAUGUUAUAAUUAAAUGUGGAAACAAAGAAAAUGUAUCUCUUUUUGGUGAUAUGUGA